GGCUACUUGGGUCUGUCUCCUAGCCGCCGCGCGCACUUUGUCAAAGUGUGGGCCCUGGGUUCCCGCGCACGGGUGUGAGUGAUGCUCCCGGGGCUUCUUCCGCGUUGGGUUCUUUCACGUUGGCCGUGCCGAGCACGGCCGCCUUCUUUUGGCUCACUCUCGACUUGGUCCACUUCUGGGUUGCUUUUCCCUUGUCCUUGCGUCCGCAUGUCGUCGGGACGCAGUCGUGGAAGCCUCACGCGGGAGUGCUGUUCCUGCGAAGACCCCGCGGUUGGCUUUCCAACCCUGCCACCAUGAACGGGGUCGUGAUCCCCCAAACGCCCAUUGCUGUGGACUUUUGGAGCCUGCGCCGUGCUGGUACCGCGCGGCUCUUCUUCUUAUCCCACAUGCACUCCGACCACACGGUGGGCUUGUCUAGCACUUGGGCACGGCCCCUCUACUGCUCCCCAAUCACUGCCCACCUCCUCCAUCGUCACCUACAGGUGUCUAAGCAAUGGAUCCGAGCACUGGAGAUUGGUGAGAGUCAUGUAUUGCCUCUCGACGAAACUGGGCAAGAAACCAUGACUGUAACACUUAUAGAUGCCAAUCACUGUCCUGGUUCUGUCAUGUUUCUCUUUGAAGGAUACUUUGGAACAAUCCUCUACACAGGUGAUUUUCGAUAUACACCAUCCAUGCUGAAGGAGCCUGCCCUGACACUGGGGAAACAGAUUGAUACUUUAUAUCUAGACAACACCAAUUGCAAUCCAGCUCUGGUUCUUCCUUCUCGACAAGAAGCCACUCGGCAGAUUGUCCACCUCAUUCGGCAAUUCCCACGACAUAACAUAAAGAUUGGACUCUAUAGCCUAGGAAAAGAAUCACUGUUGGAGCACCUCGCCCUCGAGUUUCAGACCUGGGUGGUAUUGAAUCCUCGACGCCUGGAGUUGGUACAGCUGCUGGGCCUCGCGGAUGUGUUCACGGUUGAGGAAAGAGCUGGGCGCAUCCAUGCUGUAGACCACACGGAGAUCUGCCAUUCUGCCAUGCUUCAGUGGAACCAGACUCACCCUACCAUUGCUAUUCUUCCCACAAGCCGGCCAAUACGGAGCCCUCACCCAGGCAUCUACACCAUCCCUUACUCGGACCAUUCGUCUUACUCCGAGCUGCGGGCUUUCGUUGAGGCUCUGCGGCCCUGCCGGGUGGUGCCCAUUGUCCGUCAGCAGCCUUGUGGAGAGUUCUUUGAGGACAGCUUGAGUCCUAGGCUCUCUAUACCCCUGAUUCCGCACUCGGUGCAGCAAUACAUGUGCUCCUCCCCUAGGAAAACACACGUGCUCUGGCAGUUAGCAAGGAGACUAAAGAGGCCAAGAAUCCAGGGUGUUGUGUUUGAAUCCCCUGAGGAAAAAGCUGAUCAGGCGAAAGUUGACAGAGACUCAAAGAAGGACAAGAAAGAAAACCUCUCUCCCAGGCCUGAGGACCCUGAGAAGCUCUCCCUGCACCCUCUGCAGGCCAGGAAGCAGUUGUUCCCAGACUCCUCCAGGGAAGACUGUGAGGAGCCGGUCCUUCUUUGGGACCCCAAGAAGAUGACGACUUUGGAUCUUUCAGUGCAAUCGCAGCCUGAAGAUGAGUUUCUCUCUGCAGAAACCAGGGAGGAAACUGGCUUAGGGUCCCCCUUGAUACCGAGGGUGGGCAAGGACUCACCAGCUCGAGGGACCCAAGGAAGCCUGGUAGGCUAUGAUUCUCCCCUGUCUCGCAUUAGCAGAGACACUCAUCCAGCUGCCGAGUCCAGGGGCCUGGCACUAAAAUACCUUCUUACCCCAGUGAAUUUCUUUCGAGCAGGCUUCUCUUCUAGGAACUUUGACCAGCAAGUGGAAAAGUACCAGCAGAGUAUACAGUGUCACAAUCCUGAUGGGUCGCUGCGGUGUUGAACAGUGGGUGAUGGCCAGUGGCUAAAGUUUGGUGUCUUCCUUUACAGAAUCCUGUGGCUCAACCUGGAGUAACUCUUCUGAAGCUUGUUGAUGGAGUCCUGGUGCCUAUGAAAUCCUUAGCUUUAUAGCUGAUAAUUAUUAUUUAUGUUAGUUUUAUUAUUUUUAACAUCUUUAUUAUAAAAUAUCCAGUGUUCAUAAGCACAUUAAAAGUUCUUAGUCCCAUAGCUACUUAAUCUGUUCAACUUGGUUUAACCCAGUUUUUCUUAAACUUUUAGCAACAUGCAGGGGUUUUUUUGUUUGUUUUUGUUUUUUAGUGGAAAAGGUAGAAUCUGAAUCAAAAAUGAACCGGGUUUGUCCCAUGUGUCAUAUUCCUCAGGCCCCCUUCAUUCUAUUCCUAGAUAAAAAGUCCUUAAGUUAUUUAUUUUCAAAUUGUAAAUCAUGGUGCUGGAGAAUAAAGUGGUAGCUUGGGCAGCAUGUUCUAAUUCUGAAUAUCACUGAUUUGCUGUGACCCCAUCCAGGUAACUUCCUGUCUCUGCCUCAGGGAGGGAACAGGAAACCAUGAAGAGAUCUUGAAACUGUUGAGAAAAUAGCACCUUCCUCUUUCAUGAAGGCGGUUAGUAACUGUCAUGAGAAAUCCACCUGGAACAGAGCCAUUUGGGGGUAGGGACCUGGACUGGAAUAAACUUGACAUUAAGGCUUAGAACAUGUCCGAGCUACUGGAUACUUGGAGACACUACUUUGUUAAAGCUAUAAAAGAUAAAUAUGCUACCAGAUAUUCCUCUGAUUGUUCACAUAGCUGGGAUUCCCCCCCACCACCACCAAUCUGAGUUAGGAAGCCAGAGUGCAGAGCAUGUUUUAUAGUAUCCAGGGGGAGAGACCAAGGAGCCCGCUAGCUGGAAUGGGUCAGAGUGUGCAGUUUACCCUGUCCCGCCCAUAACCUAACAAAAUGCCAAGUCUGUAAGCAAGUCAGCCGAUAGCACAGCCCAGAAGAACGUGCUCAGGGAGGGCACAGGCGAGGAACUGGGCAUAGGAGUAAAAGCAGCUUCAGCAUGAACCCUUGAGCCUUAGCAAUGAAGAUGACAGUCUCUUACCCUUGGGAAGGAGAAGUGAAAUUCAGAGAGCAAAGUAAGGCUAUGAUCGUGAACACACUGUACCUGCUCUUCUUGUCAGUGACCUUCCUAUAACCUCUGAGGGCCAUAGUAGCUGCAGCAGGUGAGGUAUGUGGUACAGCAGGAAACCUGGACAUCGUCUGGGCUGGAAUCCAGGGCACCUGGCAGAUUGUUUAUAGAGGAGCCUUACUCCGCUGUAAAGUGGGGGCUGAGAUGCCUAUCUCCAAUGAUUGCUAUGUAGAUUAGAUUAUUGGUCAAAUUCCCUAGCUCUGUCUCUGGGACAUGACAGUAUGUCAGAUAUGGGUUUUUGUAGCUAAAGGUAUAACACUGGUAAGAUGUGUAUUUAGCAAGCUAAAAUCCUGGGUUCUAUCCUGAGUGCCACCAAUAAUAAUAAUAAUAAUGAUAAUAAUAAUGUAACAAAGUCUUGAUUCUCUUUAGUCUUCAAAACAAUUCUCUGCUAGUUCCAGUACAGGCACCAAAGUUACAGAGAAACCCAUCUCAAAAAGCAAACAAACAAAAAAACCUCUAAAAAUACAAAAUAAGCCAGGUGGUGGUAUACGCCUUUAAUCACAGAAGAAGCAGGUGGAUCUCUUGAACCACCCCUCCCUGCCCCCCAAAGAUGCAAAAUAAACUGUCUUCCAUGUA